GCUGGUGAGACCGGCGGCCUCCUGCAUGAUGUCGUGCCCAGGGUCAGGUGAUCCCCACCUCCCUGUGGGCACCAGAUACAUCUAUCAGUUUUCCACCAACACCAGUACUGGCCUGCAGGGGGACCCAGUGGAGGGGAGCGGCCUUGGCCUCCAAGGCUUGGUCAUCAUCGAUGUGCUGGGCCCGUGCCAGAUGGCCUUAUGGCUCCAAGAAUUCCAGGUGACAUCUAUCCUGGGGUCCGAGGUGGCAGUUCUGAAGGACUCAGAGAAUUUGAGCGCCGCCCUCGGCCGCCACCCGCUGCGCUUUGCCCUGCAGGCAGGGCGCGUGGCCCGCCUGUGUCCCCGCCGCGCAGAGCCGCGCUGGGCGCUGAACGUGAAGCGCGCAGUGCUGAGCCUCCUACAGGGGCUCCCGGACGCUGGCGGCCCCCAGACCCUCGAAGAGAUGGACGUCCUGGGCAGGUGUCCCACCACGUACCAGCCACAGGGUGCCCGACUGCGCAAGACCAAGGACUUGGCCCGCUGCUCCCUGCGCCGAGUGCGCUCCUUCCUGCGCUCCCAGGCCCUGCCGCGGGAGGAGGCUGGCCUGGCCUCCCGCCUCAUCUGCCUCCAGAGUUUCCAGGCUGGUGUGCUGAGGGAGGCCUCCUGCACGGAGCUGGACACUGUGGGGCCCCUCUCGGAGAAGGCAAGUGCUGUGCAGAUGCGGACCCUUAACUCGAUCACCCUGCUGCGUGAGAUGUCCCUGGAGCCAGAUGUCACAGUGCUUCCUAUAUCAGAUCCAGAUGAUGGAGAUGUGACUCCAAGCAGACUGUUGUACGAAUGGGAGGAAACACCGUCUCAGGCUACGGUGGUCAUGGUGGCCACAUCAGUGAGGAAACUGUGUCUGGCUCAGACCACAAGCUUUGAGGCUGCAGAACUGUUCUCGACGCUGGUGUCCGAGCUCCAGGGCCUCUCCCCAGACGAGCUGAGGAUACUCUGGAGACAGUCUUCCUUUAAAUGCCGGGACAACUGGCAGCCACUGGUGGACGCCCUGCCCUCCUGCGGCACCGAGCCCUGUGUGGGCCUCAUGAAGGACCUCAUCGUGUCGGGGGAGGUGGAGGCGGACGAGAUGGAGGCGUGGCUCUGGUCGCUGGCCUUUGUCCCGCAGCCCACAGAUGCCAUGGUCCACACGCUGCUGCCUCUUCUGCAGACCUCGGGGACCAGCCCCAGUGCCCUCCUUGGUGUCUCGGCCCUGACGCACAACCUCUGUGCCUCCCUGGAUGGGCCCUGUGGACACCUGCCUGGUGUCAGCUCCCUCGUGAGGAUGCUGGAAGAGGCCUUGGGGGCCAACUGCACCUUCCGGGAGCCAUCAGACCCUGAGCAGCUCCAGCUUGUGCUGAAGGCGAUUGGCAAUGCGGGCCUGGCGGCCACGGCUCUCACCCCAACACUAAGUACCUACGCAUCUCAGAGGGACUGCCCCCCUGAGGUCCGCCUGGGGGCCAUCCAGGCCUUCCGGAGGGUCCCCUGCUCUGCAGAUCGAACUGCACUCUCCCAUCUAUACCAAAACCCUGAGGAGGAUGCCGAGAUCCGCAUCAAUGCCUACCUGGCCCUGAUGAGAUGCCCUGGCGAGGCCGUGUUUGCGCAGGUGCGGCGGACCCAGGCAGCCGAGCAGUCCACCCAGGUGGGUUCCUUUGUGUGGAGUCACCUGACACAGCUGCUGGAGACCGGCGACCCCCUGAAGCGAGCUCUCCAGGACGCCCUCCCCGAGGACAUCCUGAGCCGGGAGUUCCAGCCAGAGGCCUGGAAACACUCGUCCUAUUCUGAUGUCACCUUCCGCUCUGUGUCUGGCAGCCUGGGAGCCAACCUGGAGAGGACCAUUCUCUUUUCUCCAGCCUCCUUCCUCCCCCGCUCUGCCACGACCAACCUGACCAUCCACGUUCUAGGUCAUGCCUUCAACCUCCUGGAGCUUGGCCUCCGGCUGGAAAAUGCAGAGAAAAUCGUCCACAGGCUGUUUGGCAGCAAGUCCUUCUGGGGACAGGAAGAGGAGACACAGGCCCAGCCAGAGAAAUCCCCAGAGCCGGAACCAGAGCCCACACCAUGGGGACCCCACCCUGACUGUCCAGGAGAAAGGUCCAGAAAGCUGAGAGACAUACAGCAGAAGGUGGCCCGGAGGCGUGCAGAGCGGCAGGCGCUGCGGUGCGAGCUGAGUGUGAAGGUGUUCGGGCACGAGCUGAGCUUCGUGAACUGCGCGGCGAUGGCCAGCCGUGUGAACCACCCGUCCUUGAACCUGGCCGAGUUGGCCGUCAAGCUCCUGAAGGGGCAGGAGGUCCAGGUGACCCGGAGGCUGAACCUAGCGGUGCAGGAGCUCACCUUUCCCACCAUAUCCGGCCUUCCCGCCCGGCUGACCCUCAAUGCCUCGGCUGCCGCCAGCUUCCAAGUCCGGGGGACUGCCAACUUCCAGCACCCUCUGGAUUUCUCUGUGAAUGGUUACGUCAAGCCCAGUGCCCUGCUCUGGAUCUCGGCGCAGAUGGGUACAACCGGUGUCCUGGGGCGGGCCGGGCUGCAGUGGGUGACCAGCGUCCGUGGCGCUGCCAGUCUGGAUGGGGGGAUCCACGCAAGGAAGGGCCGGGAUCUCAAGGUGCAUCUGAACACCCCAGAGGCGGCUGUGGAGCUCCUCAGCUUCAGCUCUAAGCUGUAUCUCGUCACUGGGGACGGCGUGAGGAGCCUCAGUAACGCCCACAACCCUUCAGAGGCCCAGUCCUGUACUGACGAGAAAGCAUCCCGGACCUGGGGCUGGCAGCUGUGCACGGAAGUCACCUGGCCGGCAGCAGGGCAGCCCUACCUGCUCUCGGUGCCUGUGCUCGUGGCUGUGAUGCUGACGAAGCAGGACCGGGGCCUCCGACAGUAUCUGCUGGAAGCUACCUAUACCUUCCAACCCCAGAAGGACAGCUGGCUCCCUCAGGAAGCUUCGGCUCACCUCUUCAUGGGCACGCCCAAAUCAGAGGUGCCCAGGGACGUCGGGGUGGACGUCAGGUACAGCUUGCCCCAGGGGAAGUUCCGCCUCAAGCUUCUGCAUCCCAGGAAGAAAAUGCAGCUGGAUGGAAAGAUCGAGACUCUGCAGAGCACUUGUGUGGGUCACCUGGAGCUGAUACUGGAUGACAGGGACGUCUACUACAUUAAGGGCCGGAGCGACCUGUGGCCAGCAGCUGGCGGUGAGGCCCAGCGGUUUGAGGCCCAGCUGGAGGGGAAGCUGGUGACGGCAGGCAGCCCUGUGGCCCUCCUGGCGAACCUCAGCCGGCAGGCCGGCCGCAAGUUGGCCUUCUCCGUGUCACUGAGCAACCUGCUGAGCGACGAGGCCCACCUGUCAGUGCGGCUCGAGAGGAAGGCAGAGGACGGGCUGCAGGUGGUGGCCGUGGGCAGCGAGCUCUCUGUGCCCGGUGUGGUGGCACUGCACCUGGUGGGCCUACUGCGGACACACCGCGGCCUCUGGACCAGCUCCCUGAGGAUUAAGUACGGCCUCCUGGGUCAGGCAAGGCAGCUGGCCCAUGAGUGCAGCACCAGCCAGAAGCUGCGGGCACAGAGUGGCUCACAGGCGACCUACGAGCUGGAGCUGGACCAUGAGCUCCACUGCACGCAGACCCCAGUCCUCAGCCACAAGGUUCAGGUGCGGCAUGAGGAGGGCGUGGGCUCCCUGCACUCCCAGUUGGAGGCGAGCUACGGCGUGCGUUGGAACCAGAGCAGCGGUAAGAGGCAGCUUCGCAUCAGCCAGACCUUCCAGAACAACUCGGGUCCGGCCCUGAGCAAUUACUUUGUGGAGUUUGUGCUGCAGGUGCCUGACAGGCAGGUGAGUUACCGAAUGCAGCUGUAUCACUCAAGCCUUCGCCAGCCACACGUGGAGAGCAACACACACCUGAAGAUGCAGUACAAUGGGCGGCUGCCCCUCGUGGCAGGUUUGCAGUGGAAGGACACGUCUCGCGCUACCCUGUGGAAGUGGGAAGGAGCCUUGAACCUGGACUGUCCGUGGCUGACGGUCACCGUGGCUCACAGGCUGUACUGGCCGCACCGACCCACGUUCCAGGCUGUCCUGGAGCUGACGCUGGGCAAGGCCUGGACCCUCAAGAACCUGGUGAUGAAUGUGGCCUACAGGAACCAGGGCCUCAGCGGGGAGGGCAGGAUCCACAUCUAUACCCGGGAUACCACUUACCUUCGGGUAUCCAUGGUAACGACCAUGGCCCAGAGCCUCUUCCGCAGCCGGAGUGAAAUAGAGUCAGCCUGGACUGCCACAGUGCAGAGCGAGAUCCACGCGGAGAGCAGCCAGGGCCUUAAGAUACUUCACUGCUGGUUAAAGGGCCCCGUGCAGGAGAUGAACCUAACAGCUGUCUACAGGCACACGGAGCAGCCCCGGAAGACCCACGUGUCGUUGACGGCUCUGGUGACCAGCGCCAGGGGCCAGCCUCGGGGCCUGGUGUUGGAGGGCAACCUGAAGGAGGGGACGCACAAUAGGAGCUUGUACCAGAAGCAGGGGACCCUCCUCCUCAGGCAUGCCUUGCCUCUGCCCAUCCCGCAAAAUCUCCUCCUGCUGGAGACCUUCACAGCAGAUGGGCAUCACCAACGAUGCUCCCUGGAAACCAGGCUCGUCCUGAACAGCCAAGAGGAGACCCUGCAGACCAUAGUCCUGGGCUACCAGGCCGGACACCCCUAUGUCUGUGCAGGCCUGACUCACCCGUACGACGGCAAGGCCAUCCCCAGGAAUGUGGAGGGGUGCGCCGUGGCUUGGAGCCAGCAUGCCGCUCAGAGCAGGGAGGUCGAGGCCACUUUGAAAGUCAACCAGAAGGUCGUACUGCACUUAGAGGGUCUGCACCGUGACCGAUCUCAGCGUGGGGAAAUGUGGCACAGCCUGGCGCUGGAUGCAGCUCACGCCUCCCAGCUGAGGCUCCCCCAGGCCCUGCGUUUGGAUGGGGACAUCAUCUUCAGACGGGGUCCCCGGGGAGCAUUUGAUGGCAGCCUGGACACAAGGGCCACCAUCAACCACAACGUCACAUCCCAGGUCUCAGUUCAGAUGAAUGGAUCUGACUCCCACUUGGCAUUCCUCUUCCAGCUCAGACAUCCCCACAGACCAGCAUUUCCUCCAGACUUACAGGUACAGGCAGCUGCCCGACGACACAGAGACCACAGCCUCAGUGGCUCCCUGUCUGUACACACGUCCGGCCAGGAGCUGCUUCUUCUGGAGGCCGACACCAGCCAGGACGCCCGGAGACACAGCUGGGGCUGGGACAUGACAGUCCUCCUCCACCAGGCAGUCUUCAGCGCCCCCCGAGCUGUUCAGCUGCAGCUGUCCAGCAAGGUGGCCCCAGCCAGGGUUUGGCUGUUGUAUAAGGUGCUGGUGGACCAGAGCACGGCUCAGCUGCUCUUCAAGGCCUCCGCAGAGCAGAGGGGAGGCCAGCUCCUGACCCUGCAGAGCCACGCCCAGCACACAGUGGCUGGUUGGACAGCUGUGCCCCGCCUCCUGACCGUCAAGGGCAUGCUAAAGCACAAGGAGACGCUCAGAGAGGGUACCGUCAGGGUCACUGCUGACUCAGCCGUUCUGGGCUUCCUCCUGCGGGACAAGCAUGAGACGGCAGGGAACAGCACCAGCAUACACACCGUGACUGGCAUCCUCACCCAGAACAGCAGCCAGGUCUUGCCAAGAGAGCUCUGGCUGAGAGGGCGUCUGCAGGCCCAGACGGGGAGCCUUGGGGGCCAGGCCCGCCUCCGAGCCGAUGAGGCCAGCCUGGCUCUGGGUGGGGUCUGCGCCUGGGGCCCCGGGCACGGCCAGCUCUCGGGUAGCCUGAGUCACAACAUCAGCACCUUGAGUGAGGCAGGACUCCCCUCGGAGGCAGAGAUGCUCCUGUCACACACCCAUGGGGCUUCUGACCUGUCGGCGAGCCUGGCGCUGUGGAAUGCAUGGGGUCAGCUGGAUGCCGCCCUCAGCCUGGAUGGCCCGGCCCCUGGAGCCCCGGGCAGCCGGCUCCACGCCAGCCUGGCCCACACAGUGCCUGGCCUCGGGCGCUGGGGCCUCCCCUUCUCCGUGGACGGCCAAGGCCACUUCCAGAGCAUGGGACACCGCGUGGUGGCUGGGCUGAUGGCAAGCGUGGAUGGCGAGCAGCUCCGUGUGGUCCUAGAGACGAGGCGACAGAGCGGCCACCACGGGCUAGUCCUGGGGCUGCACCACGGCCUCUCAGCGCUGCUGGGCACCGUGCCCGCUCGGCUCUGGGUCAACUGCAGCGGAGACGCCUCUCCCACCCAGCUCUCAGGGCUUUGCAAGGGGGACUUUGCGGGGCAGCCUCUUGAGGCCUCUGUGGACGUUCCCAGCAGCGGUUCCAGCUUCCAGCAUUCCGGAUGCAUCUCAGCAGGGCCCAUGUCUGUGAACUACUCCGUGAGUGGCCGUCACCGUGCGGGACACCUGCAGCUCUCUGGCUGGAGCGAGCACAACAGCGUGACCCUGUUGCAGGCCGGGCUCCCAGGCCAGGCCCGCCUGAGCGCCAAGCUGCAGACACACGAGACCCAGACCCGGGCCAGCGUGGCCCUCCACGGAGGGGAUGGUGGUGUCAGCAUGGACGUGGCAGCCCUGGUGUCCUGGCCGGUGAAUGGCUCCCUGGAGCUGCUGGUGAACGCCAGCCAUGCGGCCCCCGCUCUCUGGAGGCUGGGCCUGCCCUCGACCACCCAGUUCGUGUUCCAGAAGCUCUGGGCAGAGGAACAGAUGCUGUCUUCCCUACGGCUGACCUGCGAUUCUCAAGCCAGCCUGGUCCUCGACGUGCGUGGCCAGAGCCAUGAGUUCCGGAAAGAGCUGCAGCUGUCCGGCCGGCACAGCCUCCCCGCCCUCCUGGGCCGCUUCCCCCGCAGAGCCUCAGCCUCAGCCAAGCUACAGUAUUUGGAGCGUGAGGCUGAGAGCACGAUUUUCUUCGAGGGGGAGGACCAUCAUUUCCAUGUGGGCACCAGGCUGGUGAUGACAAAGGCCAGUGUCACCAACACCAUCAGGCUGAAGCAGACCUUCCCCCAGCUCAGAGCCCUUCCCAGGCAGCUGGUCCUGCAGACCUUGUACAAGACAGCCCGCGGGACCCACAUUCUGCACCAGACAGUUCUGUGGGAUGAUCAGGAGGCGGUGCUCAACGGGAGCCUCUUGGGGCCCUUCCCCAGGCCCGCUGGGAACCUCAGCGUCCAGGCAGAGCUCACCCACCCACUGCCUCUGUCCCUGUCCCCACCGUGGCGUGGCAGCCUCCAUCUGUCCUGCGAGCACUCACGACACAGACACCGGGAUGACCUGGUCGUGGGCUGGGAUGGCAAGGACCAGGUGCUGGUCUCGUCCUCUCUGCAGCUGGGGAAGGGCAAGCUGGCCGGCCGCCUGGCCCUGGCUCACCCCUUCAGCCUCUCCUUGUGGCGCAUCGAGGCCAGCGGCCUCGCUGAGGGCAGGGGUGGCCGGCGGAGCGCAGAGGUCCAGCUGGCCUGGGACAGAGGGCAGCCCGUGACCUUGCACCUCGCUUGGACCAACAGGUCCUCAGAGUUCAGUACCAUCUGGGAUGGCUGCCUGGCUGCCUCCCCGGGGCAGCUCCAGGAAAUUUGGGGUCUGAGUGCCCUCAGGGCCUGUGGGGCCUUAACACAGACCCCAGCCGUGUUCAGCGAGCAGCUCGAUCUGUCCUGGGACCGACGCCGGGUGCAGCAGAACCUGACGUAUGAGAGGCACUGGCCGUCCCAGCCAGACCGGCUCCACGUACAGGCCGCGCUCGAGCACGUCUUCACCUUCGCCGGCACCUGCGCCACACACCGCCUCCAGGGACAGGUGGAGACCGAUUACGCCCACUGGCUGCACCACUCCCUGCACCUGGGGCUCUGCGACCUGCCCAGGGCUCUCUUAGUCUCUGGGGAGCACACCCUGGGCCACAGUGGGCUUCUGCUGCGUUCCCACUGCCAACUGGGCCUCGCCCCGGACCCAGACCAUGGUCUGCGCCUCAACCUGACCGUCCGCGACCACAGCAAGCCUCGGGCACCAGACUUCUCCGGGGAGCUGGAGAUCCUCAGCCCCAAGGCUCAGCAGCUCAGCCUGCGGGGCCGGCUGUCCACCUCGGCUUCUCAGGCGAGCAUCCAGCUGGAGGGAAUCCUGGACGACGGGGACAAGAAAGUGAGGCUGUCGGUGUCCCAGGCCCAGAGCUGCCUCCAGGCCACUGGGGCCCAUGAGGAAGGACGCCGAGAGGAGAGCGUGCUGCUGCGGGCAUGUGCCCACGGGCGGACGGCCGAGGCGGAGGCCCUGCUCCUGGACGGUGGGCGGCCCGUGCAGCCCCUGGGACGCCUGAGCCUGCAGGCUGCCCCCCAGGUUCUCCGCCUGGCAGCGCACGGCUGCCCCGGAGCCCUGCUGGGCCGCGUGGAGUCCAGGAUCGCAGCCAUUGGGGCCCAGGUGGGAGCCCGGCUGGAGAGGGAGAUCCGAGGCCUGGAUGCCUACAUGGAGAGGUUCUGGCACCUGGUGCGGCCGGCGGGCCCCUCGGAUAGCGCGGUGGGCCCCCUCCUGCAGUUGUCCCACGCAGGCCUGGGGGCCGUGGCGGCGAGUGGCUGGGCAGUGGCCACGGCGUGGGGCCAGAGCCAGGCCCGGCAGGCGCUGACAUACCACUUGCCCCUCUACCUGGACAGGCUGCAGGCGGGGCUGGAGCAGCUGCGGGACGAGCUGGAACGGCCCCUGGCCACGCUGAAGGACGCCUACCUGGAGGUGGCGCCGCAGCCCCUGGAUGAGGUGUGGCGAGAGCGGCUGGAGGGGGCCGUGCGGCUGUGGCAGGCCCUGGCACCCAGGCCCAUCGGGGCAGCCUUGGAGCUGGCCGCCCACCAGAUGCUGUCUUGGGCCGAAGCCACUUUGUCACAGGCCCUGAGGAGGCUCUGUCGGCCCGUGCUGGCCCUGUACCGCUUCUCAGCCAGGGACUGUUCGGUGCUGGUGACUCUGCCGCUGCUGCCCGCGGUGGACGAGCCCCUGGCCGUGGCCCGGGUGACCAGCUACGUGGUGGAGAAGCUGCUGCGGCCGCUCCGAGCGCUGUCCAGGACCAACGUGCUGGCUGAGUACUAUGGGCUCCGGCGCCGCUGGCUGGAGAGCCCCCACGAAUACCACGCUGUGGUGGCCGGAGCCAGGCACGUGGUGACCUUCGAUGGCCAGGUGUGGAGCCUGGGUGUGCGCUGUGGCCGUCUGCUGCUGGCCAAGGACUUUGCCCAUGACACGUUCUCGCUGACGCUGAACCGGGCCCCCUCGGGGCUCCUGUCCUUGUCUGUGGAGUUGAACCGCACCACCCUGGUCGUCUACCCGAGCCUGCAGACCUACAGGCUCCACGACUCCUCCCGGCCGACACAGAGCUGUCCACACGUGGAUCCUCCACCUGCCAAGACAAGGACGGACGUCCCCCGGAUUGAGCUGAGCAGUGAGGACGGCGUCUCUGUCGCCUGUGACGUCCGAGCUGGCCUCUGCAGCCUGACUCUGGGUCUCUGGCUCCACGGGGUGUCUGCUGGCCUUCUGGGCACCAAUGACAACGAGGCAGCCAAUGAGCAGACACUGCCGGAUGGCACAGUGGCCCACAGCCUGGAGGAGCUCGCCCUGGCCUGGCAGGUGGGUGGCGACUGCAAGGCCGUGGAAAAAACUGAGGAAUGCCCCGGCCGGAGCCCCACCUGCUGGGCCUUCUUCCAGGACCCCCGUUCCUGCCUGGGGAACUGCUUCAGGGUGGUGGACCCCGGGCCAUUCCUGAGCCUGUGCGUCCAGGACGCCUGUGGCCCUCAGGAGCUCCACCUGGCCUGUAACCUGGCGGCUGCCUACGUCCACUUGUGUGCCCGGGCCUUCGUGCCCCUGGACCCUCCUCCACAGUGCGGUAAGCCGCCCCAGCCCUCCGUGGAGGAAACUAGUUACUGUCUCUUAGUUCACGGCAUGACAACGGAGUGCCUGUCCGCCCGGCAGGAGCUGAGAGUUAAGACAAAGUGUUGUGCAAAGGAGCACUUACUGAGAAGGAGAUGCCCCAAGACUGCCCUGCCCAAGCCAAGUCCAGUGAGUCCCGAGAGCUGACAGAGGAGACAGUAGCAUAGACAACAAUAAACUCACCUCC